UUAAAACCAUAAAAUUGGGUGUUUUGUGCCCCAAAAGACCCAGUGAUCAGAAACUGUAAAAUAGAAAACGAUAAUAGUUUAAACAAAAUAAAUUUGCAUGAACAUCUCUAGAAUUUCAAGAUAAUGUGAGAUAAAUAAGAAAUAUUCAGAUGCCCUAAGGUUGACAGUUCAGCUUGUUUUUAUGCUGGGAUCGCCACUGCGCGUGCGCCUACCCAGCCGCUACUACUCUGUGCACAUGCGGACAAAUCCCACAACGUGCGGGGCAGAGCAGGGCUCACCGGAGGGAGUGAUUAGUUUGUUUUCCAGCUGCUUGCUCUGCUGCUUGCACUCGCUUUUUAUUUAUAUCCACGCAUCACGCAGGCUUCGGCAGCAGCGCCCCUGUUUCGGCUGCACAGGCUCCAGACUGACCGCCCAGCCGGCGGGUGUCCGGACAAGCGAGAGAUGUCGAAGGAGGAGCCCUGGGUGGAAACAACAACAAUAACAACAGGGCGCGCUGCUGUCUCCUUGCAACGUGUCCCGGUCCAUGUCCUCUAACCCGUGUACACCUGUCUCCUUUAAGUCCCGUCCAUUCCAGUCCAGUCCCGUUCCGAGGCGCACCCCGAUGGCCGAUGAGCACCCCCAGCAGCCGGACCCUGGAGCGGGUUGUCUACCCGGCCUGCUCCCUGGGCUGCAGGGUGCUGAGGCCAGCGCUCUGCAGCUCAGGAUCAAGAACUCCAUCUGCAAAUCUGUCCAAUCAAAAGUGGAAAACAUCCUGCAAGAUGUGGAGAAGUUUUCAGACAUUGAAAAACUCUACCUCUACCUCAAGUUGCCUACUGGUCCCAGCAGCAGUGUAGAGAAAAGUGAUCAGAGCGCCCUGUCAUCCAGCCGCACUCAGCAGAUGCACGCAUUCAGCUGGAUCCGCGAUCAUCUGGAGGAAUACCCAGAGACCUCUCUUCCCAAACAGGAGGUCUACGAUGAGUACAAGAGCUUCUGUGACAAUCUCAACUACCACCCUCUGAGUGCUGCAGACUUUGGGAAGAUGAUGAAAAAUGUCUUCCCGAACAUGAAGGCGCGUCGUCUUGGCAUGAGAGGGAAAUCUAAAUAUUGCUACAGUGGACUAAGAAAGAGACCGUUUGUCCACAUGCCAUCUUUACCCACUCUGGACCUUCAUAAAUCAGUAGAUGGAUGUGACGCCCUGGAGUCUCCGUGCCAUGUGAGCGGCAUCAAGGAGGAGGUGCGAUUUGCUGCCUGUGAUCUUGUAUGUGAAUGGGCUCAGAAGGUGCUGAAACGCCAGUUUGAUGCCGUGGAAGACUUGGCCCGCUUUCUAAUCGACAGCCAUUACAUCAGCAACAAGUCUUUGGCAGCUCUCACUUUAAUGACCGGUGCAGCGUCAGAGGUCAAACCUCAGCCAACCGUCUCAGCCUUUGCACCCACAGCCGAGGCUCAGCCUUUCCAGACUCAGGGGAAAAUGUUUUCGUUGCCAUCCGUGGAUGCAAAGCAGCAGCUGCAGAGGAAGAUCCAGAGAAAGCAACAGGAGCAGAAGAUGCAAUCUCCUUUACUGGGAGAAGGACAGGCUAAAAGGAUGCUCGACAGCGUAAUUUGCAGUAGCCCCAGUCCUCCCUCGCCACAGCCCACCAUAGGCAUCGUGGUCGCGGCUGUCCCGAGUCCCAUCACGGUGCAGAAGAGUGGGCAGCUGAUGUCAACGACUCCUACAGGAACAGUAGAGAGCAAAGUUUUGCCAAUUAACUUCCAGAUGGUGUCCCAGCAAGUUCAGGUAGUGAAACAGAGCCCCAAAGCUGCCCAGAGUAAUCUAACCAGCCCAGCGGGAGAGCGCCCGGUUCGGCAGCGCUACGCUCAAAUCCUGCCCAAGCCUACUGCCACCUCUGGCGUCACCAUGCGCUCACCCUCCACCAUGAUAAUCGCCAACAGCCCCAUUAAGACAGUGAUGACUACAUGUCAAGUCAGCCCUGUCAAUUUGGUCAAGAUGACAGCCAUAUCACUGGCUCCUAACAGCAGGGAGACUACGUCGCUCACAAACACCAUGUUGCGGCCGGCAUCUGCGGGUGUUGCUUCUGCAGCCGGUGUAGACAUCAACUCCAACCAGAGCAUACGCAGUGCUUCUACUGUGCCCAUUCUGGCCACAAUAACCGAGCCAAGGCAGAGCGUCGACACUCAGAGCAUGGAUGUGGAAAUGGAAGUUGAAGCAAUACAUAUGAACAGCCAAAUGCAAAAUCCCAGCAGUCAAGUUUUGACCCAGGAGGGGAUAUCAAACAGAGCUGGAGGUGCUGUACAGAGAGCUGCUAGUGUGCCUAUACCUCAGACGAAAGGCUUCCUGGGUCUGGAGGAAACAUUGGCCACUAGAUGCAGUAGAAACUCCUCAUUAGGCGAUAACACUGCAGUCAAAAGUAGGAGUAAUGGUUUUAAUAAAGCCAGCACUUUGCAGCUAAUUUCUCCUUAUAUGAACACCAGCACUCUUUCUUUAGUAAACACCAGCAGAGUAUCAUCUUGUGGUGAAGGCAUCCAAGCAGAAGAAGCUUUCUUUUCAACAAAGAGCUUCAGGAAACGCUCAGGUCUCAGCCCAGACCUCUCCCCAGUUAAAAGGGCUUUCAUGCCCCAGCAGCCAGCAGAGGGCACUGGUUAUGUCCCAGGCCAGGUUACCUCAGGUAGACCAGAGAGUGCACCAGCCUCGAGGGAGCUAGAAAUGAAAAUGAGCUCUAUCUUCUCCACUCAGGUCCAUGUACAAAGCUCUUCCUCUCUGUGCAACUCUGUUGCCAAAACACAUAGCUCAAUGCAGAGGAAUAACACUCCCACUGUUAUGGAAACCAGCACUCCAGUCAGUGACGCAUUGAUGCAGGAGCAGCGGGGGCACGUUCUGGGUAACAUGCAUGCCAUACCGGGUAAUCCUGGUUGUCAGAAUCAUGCAGGUGUGAGUUCAAACUCAGCUGCAGGAGUUUUGGAGGGAUCUCAUCAGUCCAGUCCUGCUGCAAACUCCCUCCAGUUUGUGAGUCAAGCAGCCUCUAAUCAGCUCCCGAUCCAGGAACACAUGGAUUACUUUUCCUUUGAUGAGGAUUUGACCCAGGACAGCAUCGUUGAGGAAUUGGUUCAGAUGGAGGAGCAGAUGAAACUGAAACGCCUGCAGGAGCUCGGAAACUGUGGCUUGCUGCAUGGCCAACCCAUCAUGACACCAAGCAACAUUACAUCAGCCAACCAAACCAUGAGGGGUUUUUAUCAAGCCCAAAACAACAGUGGCAACCUCAUCCAUACCCCCACACCCACUUCAGAGAUGAUAGGUGGAGCACAGAACCUGACAGGAGACAGCCCCUGCUCCCGGAUCGCCUCCACCACCCCAGUGGACAGCGCUCUGGGCAGCAGCCGACACACUCCGAUUGGGACUCCACACUCUAACUGCAGCAGCACCGUCCCUCCCAGUCCGGUGGAGUGCAGGAACCCGUUCGCGUUCACACCUAUCAACUCCAGCAUGACGUGUUUCCACGACAGCGGCCCCAUCUCCAGUAGUCCCGUCAAGCCCAUGCAGAGGCCCAUGGCCACCCACCCUGACAAGGCCAGGCUGGAGUGGAUGAAUAACAGCUACAGCAGCAGCAGCAGUGGCAACAGCUCUAACAAAUCAAACAGUGAGAUGGGAAUCCUCACUGGCUACAGAGGCCUGACAAACGAGCCUUUUCAGAAGCCCCACGCCUUUGCCAUCCCGCAUGCACGCCACCAUGACAGCCACUGUGGCCGCCUGACUCCCAUUUCCCCAGUGCAGCAGCAGGUCGCCAACAUGAGCAGGCAGGAGGGUUUCGCUGUGCCAGCCCCUCUGGAUAACAAAACCGCCAGCACGUCUGCUGCGAUGUUUCGAUGUCGCAGCGUGAGCCCAGCCGUGCAUCAGAGGAAUCUCAGUUUGAGCAUAGGAAGUAAUGCUCUUCCCAACGUACCCUGCUCUGUGGUGUCUCCCUUUAAUUCUCCUGUAACGCCCGAGGUGUUAAACAUCUUCGCCAACAGUGAGGCAAACCUGGGGGUCAGCAGCAUGGCCCAGAGGAGCCGCUCUGUGCCACUCAACAUUAUGAUGCAAACCGAAGUGCAGCAAUGCAGUAACAUCAGCAACAUACUUCUGAGCAAGCUGGAAGGGGACCACGAUGACACUCUGCGAGGUUUAGGCAUCCAUAACGUACCCUCCACCUACACUGCACGGAUGAACCUGACCCAGAUGCUGGAGUCCAAGUCAAGCCACCCCUGCAGUGAUAACCACCUUAGCCUGAUGGCAUCUGACUCCACCAGCUCCUGUAGCUCACAGCAGUCAGGUUACCUCAUAGAAAACACUGUUAAUGAACAAAUUAGUCUCUCAGCAGGCAUCAACCAAACUCAGCCAGCCUCUGCAGAGCACCACCACCAGCAGGCUCAGUCUGUAAUGGUUGGUUUGAGCUCACAGCAGCAGCAAGAGCUGCAGCGACAGCAGCAUUUAGACUUCAGGAGCACACAGCAGCACCUCCUGACAGGUCCGCUCAUGGAGCAGGUGUCGGAGCUUACCACAGGCGGGGCAGAUUUUCCCUGUGAAAUCAGAAUGACAUCAGAGCUCUCAGGCAGCAUCAAUGAUCUGAACGCGCUGGACACAAACCUGCUGUUUGACCCCAGCCAGCAGCAAAGCAGGUUCCACAGCUCUGCAGCAGAGGAGCUGAAUGACCAGCUGUUUCAGCAAAUCAGCGAGACGCCACAUUCUGGCGGGCUGGACUGGUUGGAAAGCAAAGAUCACCCAACUGUUGGGCUGAUGGGCUGAAAACUGAUACUUUAUUUCAUAUUAAACUGUUGUAGCUAGGUGUUUUAAUGCAUUUAUUAGGUAUUUACACCAUAACUCUAAUGUACUAAUCAGGACAUACUGGAGGUUUGUCCAGUUUAAGUGCCAGGCUGAACUGACCUAAUGCUGCAACACUGAGAAAAAUGCUGGUCAUUUCCCUUUAAUUGCAUAAAAAAUUCACCUUCUGCAGACAGUAGACAGAGCAAAAAAAAGAAACAUCAGCCUAAACUCACUGUUUUAUAUUUCUCUAAAUAACAGUUGCAUCAUGGUAUUUACCAUUUAAAAGCUGCAUCAAUAUUAAAAUAUGUAUUCUGUGGUCAACUAUUAAUAUAAAAUAACAGAGAUCUGUGUGUCAUAGACUUGUAGGAAGGAAUAAAACUCAUCAGUUUACUUGGAUAUUAACAAAAACUAACCUUAGGUUGUGUAAGUUUGUACACGUGUGGUGUCCAAAACCUUUUCCAAUAGGGCCAAAAAUCAAGUUGAAAGCACUUGCAGGCCACAAAAAAUAAUGUUUUAAAUAAAAAUGCAAAAAUUGAUUUCUUUUGGCCCUGUGAUGGACUGGCGACCUGUCCAGGGUGUACCCCGCCUCUCGCCCAUAGACUGCUGGAGAUAAGCACCAGCUGCCUCGUGACCCACUAUGGAAUAAGUGGUACAAAAUGACUGACUGACUGAUUUCUUUUGACAUCGUUUCUUUUUAUCUGCUCAAACAUGCAGAUUUUAUUCAAACAAAAAAAGUAGUCAGAUUUUUGUUGAUCCAAAACAUAAAAAGGGUCAGGUUUUCAAAUUUUUUGGCUCAAUAAUCUUCUUACAAGUCUGCUUCUGAGUAAAGGAUGUAUGUUUGUGGUUCUAUUGACUACAGAAACCUGGUAAGUGACUGUGUUGAACCUUAAUUUUUUUUAUCCUUAGGUCUCAUUUGUGUGUUGUCCUAAAAGGUAAAAAUUAUCCAUCUAAAUCACCUGCCUGUGCUUGCAGGUCAGAGUUGCUCAAUCCUAGAAUUGUGAAACUCCUUCAGAGGUCCACAAAUGGUCCCUGGGCUGCACUUUGGACACCCCUAGCGUACACACAUUUGACAUUUUAAUCCAAAUCAAUAAAUCUAAUAAAUAUAUUCUCGGGACUCAUAAUAUGUGUGUUUUUAUAAGUGAAUACAUUUAAAGUAAUGCUCUAGUUAUUUAUAAAAUCUUAUACAAAAAUAUUUCCGGCCACCACAUUUAUUGUCACUCCUGGUAAAGAUGUGUGAAUAGGCUCAAAAUAAAUUUGUCUUUAAUUCUUGCAGCAAGAAAUUGUGCGUUUGAGUACUUUUAAAGAAGAAAGAAAAUCCAGUGUUUAGAAAUAAUUACUUUAUACAAAAUCACCACUGCCGCAAUUAUUGGUACCCCUGAAAUUCUUUGAAAUAAAUGUAACUAAAGCCUUUUUUAAUUUAUACUUUAUUGAUAUUUACUAUUUACUUAUUUAUACUUUACAUAAAGGUCCCAAACCUAAACACAUGGAGUUUCCUAAAAGCUACUGCGCUUUGGUCCGAUGCGACUAAAACGCUGUUUUCCUGCAACAAACAAAAGGGCAAAUAUGCAGCCACUGUUAAGUAGGGUGGAGGAUCUGUUAGGCUGUGGGCCAGUUUCGCUUCCAAAUGCCAGCUUUUUUAGAGUGCGUAGCAUCAUAAACUCUUUAAAAUACUGGGACAUUUGAAAGUAAAAUCAGAUGGACCCUACUAGAAACUAAAAAUGCAUCAUCAUUAGGUCUUUCAGAAGCGUAACGAUUCAGAACAUGUGGUUAAAUCCACACAGAACAGGUAGUGCAGUCACAUAAUCAACUGCCUUACAUCUUCAAUAAAGAGACCUAAAACACCUGUGGACUGAGCAGAAGAGAGGACCCAUGACUCUGGACAACACAGAGAUUGUACAAAGAUGAUGGGUUAAAGACCUCUUGUAGAAGAACUAAUGUACUUCUAACAGAAGGGGAUUUGAACAGCAAGGGAUACCAAUAACUGCUGCUAUUUAUUCAGUUAAGUACAAUUAUUUCUCAACUCUGAUAAAAAAAAAAAAAAAUCUAUAAGAGAUUAUACUACUACAAUACAACAUGAAUUUAUUCCAAAGCGUUUUUCACAUUUUUCCAAGGGGGCCCAUUAAAUGUGUUUGGCACUGUGUAAGUUAGUGACAGAACCUCAACGAUAUUUAAACAGUUUCAAUGUUUGUUUUUUAUUAAAAUAAUAAACACUGAUCUUCUUUAGGGCUUUUUUUCUUCUUAUGAAGAAAUAAAUCCCAUAGCACUACAUCUUUUAUGUUAUCUCAGUCAAAAAGAUGUUAUGAGAUACAAAUCAAAGACGGGAGGACCACUUAACUGCAAUAUCGGCAAAAGUAGCUUUAAAUAUGAACUGCAGGAAACAGUCAUUAUUAUGCCGUACCAGCAACUGUGCAGGGUCCUUUUCUAUCUACAAGGGUUCGACCACUAAUCCACGCUUGAAUAAAAGAAAAUAUUUAUAAUAAAACCAGCUUUACUAACAAAGCCCAUCGAAUGGGUAGUUCUUGCACUGUACUAUAAAGUGAACAUAAAAAGCGAUUCUCAGCUCUUUCAUGUAUUAUUUACUUGUGAAUUUUGACAACUGUGCUUUAGUUAUUUAUUGUAACCCACUGCUUGCCCAAAACUAGUUACCUGGAUUUUAAUAAAAAAAUCGAGCCACCCACUAUAAAAUCUCUGCUGUGUUUUGGCUGUAAGAUAUUGUCAAAUCCCAGUUUACGCUACGAGGACCUUCUGUUUGCUGAAAGCAUGUAAGAUGAGGAAUAAAUGGGCUGUAACAGUUAAACAGUGCUUCAGGGAAUCCAAACGUUAUCAGCGCUGAGAGUCUUGGGAAGAAAACUUAAUACAAGCUCUUAGAGAUAAAACCUUUAGCAACUCUGGACGAAUUUUCAUGUUUUAAUCCUCUAUAAUAAAUUUUCCUAGAAUUAAUUCUUUUCCUAACAAAACCUAAAGGUAGUGCUUAUAUUUUAUUGGCUGGGCUGUGUAAUAAACCUGUUGUUACAGCGCUGACAAUCUGUUCUGCUUUACAAUAAAAAUAAUCACUGUGUUUGGGCUGCGGAGGGGUUAAAGCAUUACUCCCAGUCCAAAGGAGUCUCCUAAAUGUGGAAGUCAACUUUCACACUAAACAGGUUCUGUUGAUUCAAAAGAGGCACCUGUGGGGUUUCUGGUUCCUGAGCCUUAUGUCCAUGCCAAAGAUGUCUUCUCCAGCAACAUGUACUGUGAUCAUGAGAGUAAUGUUAUAUAGUGCUGUGUGAUAACAGCUAAAAGGCAUGCAACUGCACUUUGAAGAUACGGUGAGAAGUGGAAAUCUUGUGACGUUUACAGCACUGGACAGACGUUUGUCUCUAAAUUUUAGCUGGGUAAAAUUUAAUGUUGGGAAAGUAUCUUUGUUUACUACCUUUGAUGCUUUUGUUUAAACAGCAGGUACAGGAUUUACAUAGGACAAAAGAUCCUAGAGGGGACUUUUUGAUCUACUGUUUGUAUUGUACUGGUGAUAUUCUGAUCUGACUGUACUGCUGUACUUUUGUACAGACUGGAAGUUUGGUUUGUUCUGGUUGUUUUACUGCUAUUUAUUUACUUUGUGUUGUUUGUACAGGAAAACUAAGACAUGUAAUGUUGCAUCAGUUAUACAGCUGGUGUUUUAUAUUGUCAACAUAUACUACCACAAUGCAGUACAUCUCUUGUUGUUCUAUUUAAUUUCCUUUUAGAUGGCUCUUUAGAUUCAGAGCUAUUUGGAGCGCCAGAAAACAUUUGCACUUGUUUCUGUGGAAGUGGCACUAUGUGUAAUGAUUAUCUGCUUAAAGGAUUAAUGUCUGGAUACAUUAAAAAUGCAGUGAUUUGAACCUUGCUGAUUAUAUUUAACUGCUAAAAAGCAAGCUUUAUAUUUGUUGUGUGAUUCCCCCCCCCCCCCCCCCCCCCCAGUUUUAUGUUGUUUAACUGCGUGUUCAUUAGCACUAAUGUUUAAGUCUUUACCCUUCCUCUUGUAAGUGGUGCCAAGCUGCAGAGCUUCCCUCCACCGUAAUUAUUUAGCUGUGACUUGUUUUUGCAUUUUAGACAUUACUUUUAUAAGAGGAAGUGCUUGUUGAUGCAUUUUUUUUAAAAACACUUUUUAAAACUAAUAAACAUUUUUAAGUACGAAA